AUGAAGGAAGACAAUAAUAAGAAUGAUAUAUCCCUUGAUGAAAAGGAUAUAAAAACCAAGGAGUCACUUUUUUAUGACCCUUCUUUCUCUCAUGGAGACAUAAAAUAUUUUGUUAGACCCCCAAUAUGUAGUGUUUCUACAGCUACAGAUUCUUUUAGAUGUUCUACAUAUUCUAGUGUUAAUUAUAUGAUGACAUCUCCAUAUAAUAACACUUACGAUACUUGUAUUGAGAAUAAUAUACCAGCGGAUGGAUUAAAAGAAAAAAAUGAAAAAUAUAUAAAAUGUGAAGAAGAUUAUAAUAAAGAUUUGAAUUAUAUGUGUGAUAAUGAAUAUGUAGAUCCAUAUAAUAUAUCUACAAUUGAAAACGAAGAAGAUAUGUUUUAUUCGAUGUUUAAAAAUGAGAAAUUUAAUAUAACAAACAAAGAAGGUAAUCAUAAUAAUAGUAAGUACCCUUAUGAUAUGUUUACACACAAUUUGAAUAUGUAUGCAAAUGAAUAUGAUGAUAGUAAGAAUUUUUCUUCAUUUUUUAGUAAUGAUAAUAUUUAUCAUAAUCGUAUAUCAAACAACCAUAUGACAAAUAAAAUGCCGUUUUUUAAUAGAAAGGAUUUAAAAAAAAAUAUGAAUAUAAAUAAUAUAAAUAAUAUAAAUAUAAAUAAUAUAAAAUUAAACAGCAACAAAAUUAAAAAUGAUCAAUUAUUCAAACAAAUUGAAUAUGAAAAAGAUGAUAUAAAUAAAAUUAAUAAACAAACAUAUGAUGUUUAUAAGAAUGAUGAAAAAUAUAAUGAUAUGAUGAUCAAUCUUAUGAGAGGAUUACAUAUUAACGAUAAUUAUAAUAACAAAGAAAAAAAGGAUCUAGAUGAAGAUAAAAAUAUUAAAGAUGUAAUCAAAAAUGGAAAUUAUUUUAAAGAUUAUAUAUCUGAUGUAUAUAAUAAUUUAAUAAAUGAAAAUAUAAAUGAUAAUAAAGAAAAAAAUAAUAUUAAUAAGUAUAAUAUAUUUAAUAAUCAUAUAGACAAUGAUAACAUAAAUAGUAAUGAUAAUUAUAUAUAUAUCAAUAAGGAAGAAAUUGAAGAUGAUAACAAAGAUAAAUUUUCUUUUUGUAAAUCAAAUUUGGACUUAAAAAAGGAAAACAACAAUAUGUAUGACACAUGUAAUGUAUUUAUAAAUGACAAUUAUAAUGACAAUAUACAUGAUAAUUAUUAUUAUAAUUUAAAAAAAGAAAAAAAAGUUAGCUUUGAUAUAAAUAAAGAUAAAAUCAUAGAUAACCCAUCUUUAAUUGAUAAAUCGUAUCCAUUUUUUUUACAUAACAACAUAAAAGAUAAUCAAACAGAUUCUUUAUGUAAUCAAUGUGUGGAUUUAAAUAUAUUAUAUCCUAAUAAAUUUAAUGACGAAAUAUUCUAUAAUUAUGAAGAUAAACAUAUAAUGAUUGAUGAUGCUUAUAAACUUAGAAGAGGAAAUAUAAAAGUUGAAGAAAAAGAAAAUAAGACAAAUGAUGAUGAUACAAAUGUAUAUAAUAUAGAUAUAAAUGAAAAUUCAAUAAUGAAACAAGAAGAAAAUAUGAAGGACAAUAUAAAUUUGGGAACCCUCUCAAAUUGUGUACCUCCUAAAAAUUAUUACAUAAAUAUUAACAAUUAUGAUGAUGAAGAAAUGGAAGAAGGUACGAAUAAAAAGGAAAUAUUUCCACAUAUAAAAGAAAAUAAUAAUAAUAGUAGAAAUAAUUAUAUGUAUUGUAAUAGUGUAAAAAAUAAUUAUAAUACUUACUAUAAUUAUAACAAUGUGUCAGAUAAAUCCACUAUUAUAUCUGAGAAUUAUAUAUCUAACCCUAAAGAUAUAGAAUAUAAUGAUUCUUCAAAUUAUUCAAACAAUUUUAUAUAUCCUUUUCAUAAUGAAUGUAAUACAUAUAGAGAUAAUACGUCAUUGAUAGAUAUAACAGAUCAAGAACCUGUAAUUUGUAUAAAGAAUGAAUGUGAUAAUAAAGAUAAAAUAAAUGAUAUGUUAUAUAUAGACAAUUGUCAAAAUGGUAAAUGUAUAAAUAUAAAUGAAGAAGAAGAAAAAAAAAAAAAAAAUAUUUUUGAAAAUAUAAAAACAUAUAAUUUUUUAUGUAAUUUGUUGAAUGAUAAAAAAGAAGAUUUUAAAGAUAAUAAUAAUUUGUAUUAUGAAGAUUGUAAGAAUGAAUAUAUAACAAGUCAAAGACAUUUUGAAGAAAAUAAUAAUAUGAAUGAAUAUUGUCAUAAUAAUCAAUAUAAUAAUAUUAAUUAUACAUAUGACAAUUGUCUUUUUGAGGAAAAUAUGAUAUAUCCUGAGAAUUAUAACAAUAUAAUAGAAGAAGAAGAAGAAAAAAAAGACAAGGAUAUAUUAAUAAAAAAAAAAAAAUCACUAGCUAAAUAUACUUUAAUUGUUAAUGUUCCUCCUAAUACAACAAGAAAAGAUUUAAUGACUGUUUUUAGUCAAUUUGGAAAUGUCGAUUUAACUAUGGUUGUAUGUGAUAAAGAAUCUAGACAUCCUAAUAAAGAAUGGACAGCUACAUCUGGUUAUUCAUUUGUACGUUUUUCAACAAAUAUAGAAGCUCGAAAAACAUUAACAGCAGCUACAUGUGGAUUAAUUAAAAUACGUGGAAGUAAAGUCAGAGCAACAUGGGCUAAAAAAGAUUCUUAUUCAAAAAGAGAAAAAGAUAUAGUUUUUAAAAUACCUUCUUCUAUAUUAAUUAUUAAUAUACAAGAAUUUAUUUGUUGUAUAUGUAAAAUCUAUUUAUCUUAUCAACCCAUUCUAUUCCCUUGUUGUUUUGUUUCUUCAUGUUCAGAUUGUUUCACAAAUUAUAUUAUCAAUGAUAUAAAUCAACAAAAUUUUAAAUGCCCAAAUUGUAAUAUUAUACUAAAUGAUAAAAUUAUUAAACUUGAUAAACAUGUUAAAGGUACUCUAGCUUUAUUAUAUAAAUAUUAUUCAAAUAUAAAAGUUAAAUGCCCAUAUACUGGUUGUAUAUGGAUAGGAUAUCACUACCAAUAUGUAAAUCAUUUCAUCUCUUGUAAAUAUAACACACCACAAGAAAUACAAACAUAA